AUGGAAACAUUUAUGUUUAUGGAGCAGAAUGAGCUUAUUACAGCUUCGCUGACUGUCGUUCUCGGUGUUAGAAUCGGCCACGUGGAAAUGAUUGCCUACCAACAUAUAUGCCAAAAGAAAUGGAUUGCACAACUGACCAGUUCCAAUAAACUUGCAGGCGCCUCUGAUACUUUUAAUUCAUACUGUUUCUUUGCCGGUAGACGUAUUGCGCCUGUUAAUCGUUCAAAGAGCACAUAUCUUGGAGCGAAUACUGUCAAAGUGAAAAUGGUUGCUGACGAUUUAAAGGAGAAUAUUCCAAUUCAGAAAGAGAGCAAGAUGUCAAUGGCGCCAACAGAGAUGAAUCCUUGGCCUGAUUUUAUACAGAGGCGCAUUGAUAUGUGGGACAAGCUGAUGGCUGAGUACAAAGCUGAAAUCGCGGCCAAGGACCCGACACCAAUAAAAAUAACCCUUCCGGAUGGCAAGCAGUUUGAUGGGCAGGCAUGGCGUACAACGCCGAUAUCCAUUGCGGAGAAAAUUUCCAAGGGCCUGGCUGACACUACAGUCAUCGCUAAAGUAAAUGGAGAGGUUUGGGAUCUGGAUCGCCCACUUGAGAAAGACUCUACCCUGGUUUUGUUGAAAUUCGAUGAUGAUGAAGCAAAGCAGGUGUUCUGGCAUAGUUCCGCCCACGUUCUUGGUGAGGCAAUGGAGCGUUAUUGCGGUGGACAUCUUUGUUACGGUCCUCCAAUUUCUGAGGGUUUUUAUUAUGACAUGUGGCAUGACAAUUGCACAAUCUCACAAGAAGAUUUCCCAAAGCUCGACCAGAUUGUCAAAUGCGCAGUUAAGGACAAACAGCCAUUCGAGAGAUUGGAAGUUUCAAAGGAAGAUCUCAAGGAGAUGUUCAAAUACAAUGAAUUCAAAUUGCGUAUCAUCAAAGAGAAGAUAGAUGUCCCAAAAACAACUGUCUACCGUUGUGGACCACUUAUUGAUCUCUGUAGAGGGCCCCAUGUGCGACAUACUGGAAAAAUCAAGGCGAUGCAGAUUACAAAAUCCUCGUCUUCUUACUGGGAGGGAAAAUCUGACGCAGAGACAUUGCAAAGAAUCUACGGUAUCUCGUUCCCAGAUCCAAAACAGCUCAAAGAGUGGCAGAAAAUACAGGAGGAAGCAGCGAAGCGAGAUCACCGUAAACUAGGUCGUGAACAAGAGUUGUUCUUCUUCAAUCCAUUAUCGCCUGGAUCUGCUUUCUGGUAUCCCAAGGGUGCACACAUAUACAAUACCUUGAUGAAUUUCAUGAGGAAAGAGUACCGAAAACGUGGGUUUACUGAGGUCAUCACACCGAAUAUGUACAAUAGCAAGUUGUGGGAAACAUCUGGGCAUUGGCAGCAUUAUUCUGAAGACAUGUUCAGGUUCGAAGUCGAGAAGGAACAGUUUGGAUUGAAGCCGAUGAAUUGCCCUGGACAUUGUCUCAUGUACAGUCAUCAACCGCGCACAUAUAACGAAUUGCCAAUGCGUUACGCUGAUUUUGGCGUCUUGCAUAGGAAUGAAAUGUCUGGAGCUCUCACUGGUCUGACGCGUGUGCGCCGUUUCCAACAAGAUGAUGCCCAUAUAUUCUGUCGAAAGGAUCAGAUUAGCGAUGAAAUUAGGGGAUGCCUUGACUUCCUAUCGUAUUGUUACGAAACGGUGUUUGGAUUUACUUUCAAACUCAAUCUUGCUACCCGACCCGAAGGGUUCCUUGGAGAGAUUUCGACAUGGAAUGAGGCUGAAGCUGAUUUGAAAGAUGUACUCAAUGAAUCUGGAAGGCAGUGGGGGUUGAAUGAAGGAGAUGGAGCAUUCUACGGCCCCAAGAUCGACAUUACUAUCCAAGACGCAAUGAGGCGAUAUCAUCAGUGUGCCACAAUCCAACUGGAUUUCCAGUUGCCCCAGCGAUUCGAUCUCAGUUAUUUCGACGAGAAGGGUGAGAAGCAGCGCCCGGUCAUGAUUCAUCGUGCCAUACUCGGAUCCAUCGAGCGCAUGACAGCCAUCCUCACCGAGAAUUAUGGCGGAAAGUGGCCAUUCUGGCUAUCACCUCGUCAGGCGAAAGUCAUCACUGUCCAUGAAUCUGUUAACGCGUACGCCAGAGAUGUUAAGAACAGGCUGUACGGCGAAGGAUUCGAGGUCGAGUUUGAUGAAGGCUGUCCAGACACACUGAACAAGCAAAUUCGCAACGCCCAGCUAGCACAGUUCAAUUUCAUCCUUGUCGUUGGAGCAAAAGAAAAAGAAAAUGGAACCGUGAAUGUACGCACAAGGGAUAAUGCGGUUCGCGGAGAGAUUCCUGUAGAUGCUCUCAUAUCGAAGUUCCGUCGCUUUGCUGCCGAGUACACAAAGGAUACGGAAAGCGCUGACGAAUUCGCUGCUUAAGAACGUUCUCGUGAGCUUCUGUUGAACAUUAAGCUCAAAAAAAAAACCAGAUCAGCUCUGUAAUGGUUGUUUCAUCUGUGACUCUUGUUGUUCUAUCCUUUUUCCUUCCGACCGCUUUAUGCUCUCGAAACAUGGGGAUCUGUUGUUUGGUGUUGUAAGUAUGUCGCAUCCAACUGGUGUUUUACUCCUAUGACGAACUUUCUCCAAUAUAGUCAUUGUUGUGUUUAUAUUUAUGCCGAGCAUGUCUUUGCUGUUCCCGAUAAAUCCAUAAUUAUUGUGAAGCCAUUUAUCGUUAAACAAAUGAAGGUUGAGAGUACAAUUUUGUGUCGUGUUAGGAUUGCUGAUCGUUGAGUUUGGUAAAGCG